ACUCUUGUUCUCCUGACGCAGCAGAGUCAACAUACUUUCAUUCGUAUUCGUCAAACUGGUCUGAAUUGAUCGAUCGUGCUUCGUUUCAGCAGUGAUGAAAGAUGUGGUCAGAUCAGCUCCGUGUGCCGGGGUCAGGUUCGGAGCUCAGGGUCGGCGGGAGGAGACGCUACGGUCUAUCCGGCGCGCCGAGCGCUUGGUGCUCCAGUCCCAUGUGCACGCGCUGGAUUCCGACACACGCUAUCGGACACCACCGUUUUCUGCAAAACUUCCGGAUUUGGCUUGCAGUGUGAACGGAAAGCACCGUGAUGAUGAUGAACCUAAAUCCCCCGGCACUGUGUUGCAUUCACUGGGAGCGAGCAGCCCGUUUCCACCACCUGCACUGCGGGACCAGAGUGCAGGUCUCAGCACAGCAGUGGCUGCUGAAUACACCCGAGCUGUACGGCAAGUAGAAGGCCGUUUACGAAGACAGGCAGGGAGGAUCACUGAGGAAGCCACUAAACUUGAUCAUCAGAAAGAGAAACUGGAGAAACUGUUACGAAGUGUCAGGACAGCGUUGGUCAUAAACCAGAAAAACUCAGACGAGCGGACACGUAGACCGGCCACUGAGACAGAAAAAGAUGGAGCUGAUCAUCUGCUCUGCCAUGAGAAGAAAGGCUUGAAUGAGCUGAAGCAGAAACUGGAGACUCUGCUGAGAGACACUUUAAAUCAGCUGCAGGCUCUAGCUCAGAGCAGCAGAACAUUACUGGACUGUGCUUUGGAAAGGUCCAGGGUAAUUGAGCUGCUCCCUCAACAUGGAUCACCUUCAGCAGCUGGGAAUCUCUCAUUUUCUCCUCUCUCACUGAAACCUGACCCCUCUGGUCCAUUUACCCCAGAGUGUAAAGAGGCACUAGAGUCAUCCAUAGCCGUGCUGCAGACGUCUCAGCAGCUCAGCAGGGGCAUCGAACAGGUCAUGUGCAACGCCAUCAAUAAACAGGCUUCUCUUCAUCACACAGUCAACGAGGGCCUGUUAAAGAAAAUUGCAGAAACCCAGAAUCUACAGCAACGUCUAAUGCUGAGCUCAGCAGCCACUAGAAAGGCCAUCUACCGUAAACAGAGACAGAUGCAGUGUGCCAGCUACAGCCAUGGCAGAGCUUUGGGCCCAGUCUCCUCUGAUGAUCUAUUUUGCAGAGAGAGACUAAACAGGCCUGUUGUGCAGGUGUAUGACAGACACCCAAGUUUCCAGCUGCCUGAGUCCAGACUCCUGACACAGGGCAGUGUUGUGCUGAAGCAACAUUUGGAGUGUGGAGAGAAAGCAGUAGAAGAGCUGCAGGUUGCACAUUUGCAGCUGGAGGAUGACUCGUGUGCAAAAAGAGUGGCAGCGAGUGUGGACUCCGGCAUAAUCCGGCUUCGAAGAAGGAAUAUUCCUCGCAUGUUUGUCCAGUCAGCAAGCACAUAAAAUUAAAAACAUAUUUGUGGCAGCAUUAUCAAACUCAUAUGUACAUCUUCGUGGCCAGUGUUAUACAGGGCUGAGCAUGUGAGUAUGUUAUAACUGUAUUGAAGUUUUGAACAGAUCCAGAAUAGAUUUUCAUCAGUAAUAAAAAUUACUCUUAUCAUGGAUAAUCCCUGUCAAUGUUUUUGUUGUUACUGCCUUUGUGGAGUUCGUGCUCUGCUCAUGUCUGCAAGUGUUUCCUUCCACCUUCCAAAAACAUGCCAGUAGGUGGAGUGGCUAAGAUAAAUUUCCUCUAGGUACGUGUGCAUGCUGCCCUGUGAUAGACUGGCAUCCUAUCCAGGAUGUAAUCAUGCCUCGCGCCCAGUUUUCUCAGGAUCCAUUGUGACCCUGAUCAGGAUAAACUAGCUAUGAAAAUAUUUGAGCAUAAAGAUAAACAAAAAGU